UACUACUCAUUUUACAUGUAUUCCCCAAAGUCCCUGCUCUUCUCUUUGUUUUCACUCCUCUAGAGAGAGAGAGAGAGAGAGAGAGAGAGAGUGAAUGGAAAAGGGAAUAGUGAAUGAUGCUAAGGGAGGUGAGCAUGAGAGACAAGGAACAUUGUGGACGGCCACGGCCCAUAUCGCGGCCGCGGUGGUGGGGUCGGGGGUGCUAGCGCUUGCGUGGACCGUGGCCCAAUUGGGCUGGGUAAUGGGCCCACUUGUUAUAUUGGGCUUUUUCUGGGUCACGUAUUACACGUCGACUCUCCUCGCCGAUUGUUACCGUUUCCCUGAUCCCAUCACCGGAACCCCUAAUCGCGUAUAUAUCGACGCCGUUCGAUGCUAUCUAGGUCCUAGGAAUGUGUUCUUAUGUGGAUUAGCUCAAUACAUCAAUUUAUGGGGCACUCUUGUGGGCUACACUAUCACGGCUAGUACUAGCAUGAUUGCGGUGAAGCGCGCGAACUGCUUCCACCGCAACGGUCACGGUGCGCGGUGCGAUGCCUCCGGGAGCACGUUCAUGGUUGUGUUUGGGCUGUUCCAGCUGGUGCUUUCGCAACUCCCUAGCCUCGAAAAUAUAACGUGGCUCUCCGUGGUCGCCGUCGCCACCUCCUUUGGCUACUCCUUCAUAAGUCUCGGCCUCUGCGCCGGCAAAUGGGCCUCCCACGGUGAUUUUAGGGGCACGUUAGCAGGCACAGACAACGGGUCGCCGGGCGACAAGGCGUUCAAUGUGCUGCUAGCUCUCGGCAACAUUGCCUUCGCUUAUACUUUCGCCGAUAUACUCAUCGAGAUCCAGGAUACAAUAAAAUCUCCUCCGCCGGAAAACAAGACGAUGAAGAAGGCUACAUUCUACGGGCUCGUGCUCACCACCAUCUUCUACCUGCUACUUGGUUGCAUAGGCUAUGCCGCAUUUGGUAACGAUGCUCCGGGGAACGUCCUCACUGGCUUUGGAUUCUAUGAGCCCUUUUGGCUUGUCGACAUUGGUAACAUUUGCGUGAUCAUCCAUUUUAUCGGUGCAUAUCAGGUAUUUGCUCAACCGAUAUUCGCAAGGUUCGAGAACUACAUCGCAGGCCGGUUUCCCGAAGCUAAGUUCAUCCACAAAACCUACUAUGUUAAACUACCACUCACCGACUUUGGUUCUUUGAGCUUUACACUUUCGAAGCUCGUCCUUCGAACCAUUUUCAUCAUGUUUACCACUUUAGUCGCGAUGUUGCUACCAUUCUUUAAUGCGGUGCUCGGCCUCAUCGGUGCGUUAGGGUUUUGGCCGUUGUCGGUUUAUUUUCCGGUGAGUAUGCAUAUGGCUCAGAAGAAGAUCAAAAGGGGACAGCCCAAAUGGAUUAUGUUGCAGGGAAUGAGUCUACUUUGUCUAUUAAUUUCCCUUGCUGCUAGUAUUGGCUCUGUGCAAGAUAUUGUGCAUAAUCUUAAAUUUGCCGCCCUUUUCAAAACUGUGUAUUGAGGAGGUUCUUGCCUUUGUUUUAAUUUGAGCUAAGAAAGCAAACAAAAUUCAAAAUUUUGCAGUAA